AUUUCUUAGAUAAAUUUGACACCGAUGGCUGGAUGUGAUAUAUCGGUGCAAAAACGGGUCCUGUUGGUAUUGGCAGGUUUGUCCGUGUUCGUGGUAUUUCUGCUAUUUAUCAUACUGGACAUAGGUGUAACCGGAAACGGAAAUCACUUCAUUAGAAAACAGCAAGAUUCUGCCAUACAACAAUUUGAACAUAGUGUCUGGAACCAACAUCUUAGAAAUGACAUAGAUUAUAAUGGUGGUCGUUUGUUGACAGAGGACAAUGUAGAGAUUCUAAAACCUCUAAGUGUAGAACACUGUCAAAGUCAGAGGUUUUUGGUUUACAAUGCGAUUCCUCAAGCUAUUGUGGAGGUUGGGCUGACCGUCAGAAGGGCAUUGUGUCAUCUUUUUCUCCUGGCAUGUUAA